AUGGAUUGCCAGGCGCUGGCGAAAAGCCUGGAGCAGAUGAACCACCUGCACAAUGUGAAGUACCUGGAAGCGAAGGACCUAACCGAUUUUAACCAAAAAAGCGCGUACUACAUAUGUCACCAGAUUGCAGAAAAGCAGCUGAGCAAGGAGGGAGGACACGUAGUGAUAGGACUCUCUGGAGGAAAAACCCCCAUUGAUGUGUAUAAAAAUAUAGCGCUAGUUAAGGACAUAAAAAUAGACACAAGCAAAUUGAUUUUCUUCAUUAUCGACGAAAGGUACAAAAGGGAUGAUCACAAAUUUAGUAACUACAAUAAUAUAAAGUUCCUAUUUGAAAGUUUAAAAAUAAAUGAGAAGGAGCAGUUGUACCGGCCAGACACUUCCAAAAAUAUAGUGGAGUGUGUAAGGGACUACAAUGAGAAGAUAAAGAACAUGGUGAAGAAGUAUACCAAAGUGGAUAUCGCCAUUCUAGGCAUGGGGAGCGAUUUUCACAUAGCCAGUUUAUUUCCAAAUAUAUUCUUCAAUAUAUAUAUGAACAAUUACCAGAACAGUUACAUUUACGAUGAAUCGUCUAUCAAAGUGGCAAACAGUAACGACACCAGUGAUAACGACAAUUUGGAUCUUCUGAAGGAAUAUGUGUACUUUACAACGACGAACAAUUUCGAUGUGCGGAAAAGAAUCACCGUGUCUUUGGAUUUACUGGGGAAUGCUUCGAGCAAAAUAUUUUUACUAAAUUCUACGGACAAAUUGGACCUUUGGAAAAAUAUGCUGCUAAAAUCGUAUGUGGAUGUGAAUUAUUGCCUCUACCCCGCUGUGUACCUAAUCGAUAGUAUGAACACCACCGUGGUGACUUGCGGUUAUACGAAUUAUCCCCAAAUGUUGGAAGAUAUUUAUGUCUCCAAUAGUUCCCUAUCGGUGCAUUCGCCUAGCCUGAAUAGGAGGGAAUGCCUAACCAUUAUCGUUUUUGGAUGCUCAGGAGAUUUAGCAAAAAAGAAAAUUUACCCUGCCAUUUUUAAACUCUUCUGUAAUAAGCGCUUACCAAAGGAUUUGUUAAUUGUGGGAUUUGCGAGAACGGCACAAAGUUUCGAUUCCUUUUUUGAUAAAAUUGUUGGUUACUUGAAGAGGUGCCUGCACAGCUAUGAGGAUUUGUCUCUUACCCAGAAGAAGGACUUGCUAAAUUGCUUCAAAAAUAAGUGCAGGUACUACAUCGGGGACUACUCCAGCUCGGAAAGCUUUGAGAGGUUUAACAAGUACCUGACCCAGCUGGAGAGGGAGAACCUAAUCGGCACUGCGCCCACAAGUUGGGCGGCAGCCGCGGGGAAUGCAUCGUUUGCGAAUGACACGGAUAAGGUGGAACACCACCCGGAUGAGGCCAUUCUCGCGAAGGGGACGGGUGCGGCAACCCCGGGGGAAGCCCCCGGAGGAGCAAACGGACCGGCCACCCAUGGGGAAGCCCACGGAGGAGCAAAUGGGCUGUCCACACCCAUGCAGGGUAAAGCUGUACCCACAGAUGACACCUCGGACGAAGGGCACUCCGGUGCAAACCACCCAUUCGCCAUAAACAGAAUACUAUAUCUGGCGUUACCCCCUCACAUAUUCGUAAGUACCCUAAAGAAUUACAAAAAGAAUUGCCAAAACGGUAAUGGAACGGACAAAAUACUUUUAGAGAAGCCAUUUGGAAAGGACUUGCAAACAUUUAAAGUGCUGUCAAAGCAAAUUUUGGAAAAUUUUAACGAAGAGCAUAUAUACAGGAUAGACCACUACUUGGGGAAGGACAUGGUGUCAGGGCUACUGAAGUUAAAAUUUACCAACACAUUUCUGCUGUCGCUGAUGAAUAGGCACUUCAUCAAGUGUAUAAAGAUUACCCUGAAGGAGACGAAAGGCGUGUACGGUAGGGGGCAGUACUUCGACCCCUAUGGAAUCAUCCGAGACGUGAUGCAAAAUCAUAUGCUGCAAUUGUUGGCCUUAAUAACGAUGGAAGAUCCUAUCGACUUAAACGACGAAUCUGUAAAGAAUGAAAAAAUAAAAAUUCUGAAAUGCAUUCAGUCUAUCAAAUUGGAUAAUACGAUAAUUGGGCAGUACGUAAAAUCGGAGAAUUACCAAGAGGAGAAAAACUUAUCUGCCCCCCCUUCGGAUGAUCACCCCGUGGAUGAGUCCAAGCGGAACCAUAGCUACCAUGACGAUCCGCACAUAGACUCCAACUCCAUUACGCCAACGUUUUGUACCUGCAUUUUAUACAUCAAUUCUAUAAACUGGUAUGGAGUGCCCAUCAUAUUCAAAGCAGGAAAAGGACUAAAUAAAGACAUCUGCGAAAUUCGUUUGCAAUUUCAUAACAUCAUGGGAUCGUCGGAUGAAAGCAUGUACAACAACGAAUUUGUAAUUAUCCUCCAGCCGGUGGAAGUUAUCUACUUAAAAAUGAUGAUAAAAAAAACGGGCUGUGAAGAAAUGGAAGAAGUGCAACUGAAUUUAACUGUUAAUCAUAAGAAUAAAAAAAAUUACGUUCCAGAAGCGUACGAAACUUUGUUGCUGGAAUGCUUUAGAGGGUUUAAGAAAAAAUUUAUUUCUGAUGAGGAGCUCUACGAAUCGUGGAGAAUUUUCACUCCUCUUCUGAAUGAGCUGCAGGAGAAGAAGGUGCAGCCGCUGAAAUACCCCUUCGGCUCCUCGGGGCCCAAGGAGGUCUACGACUUGGUCAAGAAGUACUACAACUACGGCAAGAACUACGCCAACACGCCUGCCUUCGUCCGCAAGUCCUCCUUUUACGAGGACGACUUGUUGGACAUCAACUGAGGUUCGGCGCGGUGAAGCGCAGCGGUGAUGCGAAGCGGUGUAGUGCAACCGUGUGGUACAGCUGUGUAGCGUUGCAAGGGGAGGACCGCCUUCCCACCGAGCUGCCCUCCCGGUCCACACCAAACGCGUCGACGCGGACGUCCGUUUGUUGUGGGCGCUUACCCCGUGUAUGCCGCUGACCCCGUCAAGCACCACCACGUACCCUCGCGCGCGGCAAAAGCAAUAUGACUCCCCACCCCCGUUCCUUCCCCAAGGGGGCUACAUAAUUAACCAACUUAUUUGCUCUAACUUUACCCAACAUAGUUAAC